AUGCAGAUCUUGCUUAUCAAUGGAGACCGAAUGGAGCAAGUGGUUUUUCCUUCUUCAGGAGCUAUUUAUGACCCAAAACGAAAAAAACAUGGACCGCGUUGUUCCUUCUUUAACCGUGAUUCCUCCUGCUCUUCUUCAGUCUUGCUAAUACGAGAUCCUGCUCUGGUUUUUAGGAUCCUGAAAGGCUCCUUAGGUGGGAACGCCAAAACCGUGAUGAUCGCCUGCGUCAGCCCUUCCUCCUCCGACUUUGAUGAGAGCCUGACUACUCUGAAUUAUGCCCGGUGGGCUCAGAAUAUCAAAAAUUGGGCUGUGGUGAAUUGCAGCAAGGAGGUGGAACCCGUAGAAGCCCUGCAGCUGCGUCUCAAGAAGCUUCAGAGGGCCGUGGAACAGAGACACAGGUCCGAGACUCGCAUCAUCCACCGAUCGGAGGUGGUGCCCAUCAAGGGACACUUGGAGGAAAGCGUGGCUCGCUUACGAGCAGAGUGCAACCACUACCGGACUUGCACAGACGCCGCCUAUCAGCUCUUGAUGGAACUGCAAGGGGAGGGCAAUUUGACAGAGGAACAGGGGCUCCAGGUGAAAGGCUGGCUCUGUGCGGUGGAAAAUGGGGCAGGUGAGCCGAGCUUGACCUCCGGCAUAGACAGCGGGAUUGGGAGCACUUCGGCUGAGGAGCCGCACUCUAAAACCUCCAGUUCCAAGCUGGUCAAGAUUCAGGAGGGGCAUCAACGAGGAGCUGAGAUGGUGAGACAGGAGGAGAUGGUGAGGCUGGAGGAGCAAGUAGAACACUUAGAGAGAGAGAACCAGGAUUUCUUGACAGCCCUUGAGGAUGCUAUGGAGCAGUACAAAGCACAGGGUGCCAAAUUGCGAGAACAGGAAGACAUCAUCUCUCAACUUCAGAAGCACCUAAAGAUGGAGAUGCCCCAUUUGGGCAUCCCUGAAAUGCUAGGGAGUGUCUCCCUGGUGCAGCUUGACCAAAGGCCCCACACGGCUCCUGUGGACACAUAUCAGUCUCAUCGCUGGCUCAAGCUUGCCUGUAAUAACCACAGUAAGCUUCACAGUGUCACAGCUCACAAUGGAGAAGACUCAUUGGUUCGAAGUCAGAGUCUCUCUGGAGACAAUAUGUACAGUCUGGGGACAAAGGAAAUGCCACAAAUGAAAACACUGGACAACAUUUUUGAUUCAUCUUUGGAAGAUGAGAAUAGAUGUUGGUCCCUUCAGCAACACAGGAACAGAACCCACAGCUGCAGCAAAGAGGAGGCUUCAACCAAGAAGAAUAAAAAAUACAACUCAAAAUCCCCAGAGGGAGUACAAGAGAAUUCUUUGGAACUAUCUAAAGAUGGUAGGCAACAAGAGCUGAGCAGUCCAGCAGGGAGCUUUCCAGGCAAGGAUUCAGAAUGGCAGCUGCUCCAGGCCCACCAGAAGAUCCGUGAGCUGGCCAUCAACAUCCGUAUGAAAGAAGACCUGAUAGGAGAGCUCAUUAAAACAGGCAAGCAUGCUCAAGCCAUGAACAAACAGUACCAGCAGAAAAUCCAACACUUGGAGCAGGAAGCCGAGCAGGUGCGGUUGGAACUGAAUGAUGGACAGAGGGAGUUGCGAGAGCUGGAAGGCAAAGAAUCUCGUGACCCUGCUGAAAAGUGGAAACUCCAGGAAUAUCGCAGCAGAGUGGAAGCCGCGCAGAGCAAGGCAAAGAUUUUGCAGGAGAAGAAGCGGGCGACGGAGAGGCUGGCCUCCUUCUCUGCUCAAAACGAGAAGCGCCUGCUGGGGCUGGAGAGGAACGUGCAGCUGAUGCGGCAACAGCAAGGCCAGCUCCAGAAGCGUUUGCGGGAAGAAGUGGAGCAGAAGCGACGUCUGGAAACCGAGAUGCAGAAGGGGCAGCAUCGGGUCAAGGAGUUGGAAUUGAAGCACGAGCAGCAUCAGAAGAUUCUGAGGAUCAAAACGGAGGAGGUGGCUGCCUACCAGCGGAAGCACAGGAGUGGCAGCAAUGACUCUAUGAUCAGUCUUGAACAGCAGCAGAAAAUUGAAGAGCAGAAGAAGUGGUUGGAUGUAGAGAUGGAAAAAAUCCUCAAGCAGAGGCGUGCCCUGGGUGAGCUAGAAGAUGAAUUGACCAAGAGAGAAGCCAUCGUCGCCAAGAAAGAAGCUCUCCUUCAGGAGAAAAAUGACCUGGAAAACAAGAGACUCCGGUCUAGCCAGGCUCUGAAUGAUGACAUUCUUCGUGUCUCCAGCCGUCUGGAGUACUUGGAGAAAGAGCUAACCCAGAGGAGUGGGCAGCUUGGUCACAGCAGCGCACAGGACCAGCAGCUCAUAAGGCAAGAAAUUAAUAAUUUGCGGCAGGAGAAGGACCAGUUGCUCAAGCAGAGGUUGGAGAUCGAUGAGAAAUUACGUCAGGGCACCUUGCUGUCACCUGAGGAGGAGCGGAUUCUUUUCCAGUUGGACGAAGCCAUUGAAGCUCUGGAUGCUGCCAUAGAAUAUAAGAACGAGUCCAUUACUUGCAGACAGCGAGUUCUGAGAUCCUCAGCCAGCCUUCUUUCCCAAUGUGAGAUGAACCUUAUGGCAAAGCUCAGCUACCUCUCUUCCUCCGAGACCCGGGCACUGCUUUGCAAAUACUUUGAUAAGGUGGUGACCUUGCGAGAAGACCAGCACAAACAGAGUGUGGCAUUUUCCGAACUGGAAAUGCAGCUGGAAGAGCAGCUACAGCUGGUGUUUUGGUUGGAGGUGGCCCUGGAACGUCAGCGCUUGGAGAUGGACCGUCAGCUGACCUUGCAACAGAAGGAACACGAGCAGGACGUUCAGCUCCUGCUCCAGCAGAGUCGGGAACAUAUCGAAGAAGGACAGGCAAACAGCAGGCUUCAGUAUGAACAAAAGAUCCAGACGCUGGAAAAGGAAUUGGCUCAUUACAAAUGGCUAAACGAGGAAUUAAGCCAAAGGUUAAAGCAGCCGGAGGGACACGGCGGAGGUAUGGAGAGGAGCAUCUUUGCAGUUGGGGACGGACCCAGUUCACUCAGCACACAUGAAGAUUUUACCAAAAAAAGCCAGCUGGAACCAUCCUUGCAGCUGGAGCCCUCAGAAAGGAAUCAAAGAAAGAGAGAGGACUUAGUGCAUACGCCGUUACCAUCCACCUGGAGGCGCUGCUCACUGUCUAGUGCCAAUAACUUGAUAGUGGAAGAUUUUCGUCAAAUGGAGACAGAUUUUCUCCUAAGAUCUAACCAAGCCAAGGAUAUCCCUUUGCAUCUCAGAUCCCGCAAAGAAUUGCACCGGGCCAGCCAGAACUCCAUCCCUGGGUUGUCUUAUCCAGAAAUCAUUGACGUUAGAAAAAAUCCACUCUAGUUCUGAGAUGUUGACUGUUCCAUCUAAAAUAAGCUAAUAAGCGCCUUCUGAAGAUAACUGCGCAUAAAUUACCAAAAAGGCAGUAGGUGGGUUCAUCCAUUAUGCAAAAUCUGAAGAAACGACAGCUCGGAUUAACGAAAGGAUGCAUGAUAGCCACCUUGUAUCUGAAGGACUGUCCCAUAAGUGUGGCAGAAUUGCUCCAGAACAAGAAAUCAUAGAUCAGGGGUGUUCAACCUUGGCAACCUUUAAGACUUGUAGACUUCAACUCCCAGAAUUCCCUAGCUGGCCAUGGGAAUUGGAAGUUCACAAGUCUUAAAAUUGUCAACGUUGAACACCUCUUCCUUAGAUUUUUUUCAUUGUUGCUUUCCUAAUGAUCGAAAAUGUCCAAUCAUGGAAAAGACUGCCUCAGAAGUUGGUGGUCUCCUUUGAUGGAGAUCUUCAAACAGAGGCUAGAUAGCGGUCUUAUCGGGAACCACUAUACUGGUGAAUCAGAGAGAUGAUGAGUAGAUCCCUUCCAGCAUGUACAAUCUCCAGAUUGUAUAAAUCGCAUUCUGCUUUAGUGUAAUGGAUGAACCCAGUUGAAUGUCGCAGAUCUUUUUUUACCUGGGCUUCGCUACUUUUGUAUAGUUGCCUUUUACAACAAAACUGGCUGUUUCCAUCAAAUCUGGAUUUCCCAUAACGAAUGCCGUUCAAAUAAAGAGACAGUAAAUUUGA